CCUCAUAACAAUUGUCAUAUCUGAGGUAAUAUUUAGGACAGCUUCCCAAUUGUCGUGUGCCAGAGCAGUCACCGUGAUAGACCACUUAAUUCAAUGUUUACAGAAACANNGCAUAAUUAAAUUGUGAAAUACAGGAAGUAUUAACUAUGAAAGCAAUAAUGCAAGUUCCGCGAUGGUGACUUGGACAUGUUGGCAUGCAAGUUCCAUUUAGUUUCACGGAUGACUAUCAAUAUUAAUGUUUCUUCAUCUGUCUGUGGGCUAUGUUUUACAUUUUUUUCCUUGAUAUAUAAUUUAGAGGAAUUUUUAUUAUAUUUUAAUUGUAGCCUUGUAUUUUGUGUUUAAUGUUUAUAUAAGUUCCUGUGUCUGCUUAUCUUUCUAUUUAUGUUUACAAUAGGCUGUGAUAAGUUCUCCUAUAGGAGGACAAUUUCUGACAGAAUGCUUGACGAGAAGUUUGGAAGCCAAAGACCUCGAUAUUCAUUCAAGAAAAAGGAAAUAAGUCCUGGGAAUCUUCAGAUUGUAGACCUUGAUUUUCCACAUACAACAGAAGGCUACAAACUUUACUGCCAGAGGGUUAUUGUUGAAGACAUCAAGGAAUGUGUUUGCCGAACACCAGAUUCUCCAUAUGNGGUCAAGACUCAAGGAAAGCAAGCGAUCCAGUCCAUCCCAGCACCAGAAAGAGAUAAAGCCGCGUCAUCCAGUAUAGUGGUUUGA